UUCGAUGCGCGAAGCGCCUGGCUGCUCGACAUGAUUCUGCGGUCAUCACCGAAUCUCGUGGCACGACGGGAUCUGUUUCCGCAUGGGACUGCCCGCGGGACUACCGCUCCUGGUGGUCCACGUGCCCGCGACGUGCUGGCGUGGGCGUGAUAGUCCGCCGCUCGUUCUUGGAGCACUUCGAUGCGGGCCCCCCGCAGUGGCGCGAGAUCUGCCCUGGCCGGGUCGCAGUGCUGCGGCUCCACGGCCCUCGCGGCAACCUCGACAUCGUGGCCGCGUACUUCCCCACAGGCACCCCUCGCCUCCUAGAGGCAGACCGCGAGGCGGCAGCAGUUGGAGCAGCGGCCGAGGAAGUCUCAGUGCGCCGGCAACGCCAUGACCUUCGCCGCCGGAUCGCACAGGAGCUCCGGCCCGCAUCAGAUGCGCUGACCAUCGUGACAGACGACUUCAAUUGGGUCACCGACGCGGCGGGUCGCAUCUCCACCGCCAGCGGAGACGCCUCCGGCGCCCGCGAUGCCACCGAGGAGCGGCAAUGGCAGCGCAUCGCGCAGCAACCGCUGAGGCUGCACGAGCUCCACCAGGAGGCCCCGACUCACGCAUCAGCCUCCGCCAGAUCUAGGCUCGACCGGUUGUGCGUGAAUUUCGACCCUUCGGACCAACUGGAAAAGAAUCUGGGGUGCGCUUCGCUGGAAUGGCAUAGUCGGCUGUCUGCUCACUGGGCAUUGUCUUUCUUCCGCCGCAGCCCAUCCCGACGACCCGAGGACCUGCGCCCCAUCUCAGCCGAGGUCGUCCGGAACGAGGCUUGGCCAGAACGGGUUUCAGUUGAAUAUUUCUCGCUCGUGGCUGGGGGCAGCGAGUCAGGGGAGCCCAUCCGGCAGCUCCUCCUGCUGAAGCGCGCCACCCGCGCAGUUUCCGACCGCAUGGUUUUGGAGCUGUCCUGGAAGGCGCCGACGCCCGCCCAUGCCGACGACAGAGCGGGGUGGACCAUGCGCUUCGUGAGGGCGGCGGAGAACCAUCAGGUGGGCGCCAUGCGGCGUCGCCUGGCUGCGCAUCCUGCCUUGGCCCGCCUGGGGCUGGGCCCCGUGUCCCCAGCACUGCGGGCACGCGACGGCCUCCGGCCACUUCGCCAGCGCGCCGUCCAGCUCGCCCGGGAGGCGGCCUUGGCUGAUCUUCAAGCGCUGCAUUCGGAUCUGCAUGACAUGUCGGACGACGAGGCGCGGGCCAGAAGAGGCCUGCCGCCGCUGGACGACGCGCGGUGGCAGCUGCGACGGGUGGAUGUGGAAACGGCUGUCAUGAAGGCUCCGCACUCCGCCCACGGGCCAGACGGGGCCCCGUUCCUCGCUUGGCAACGCCUGGGCAGGUUGUCAAUCGACGCCCUCUUCCGGGCCUCCCAGGACACGUCGGCAGCCGUGGGGCUGGACCGUUUGGCGCGCUUCUACCAAGGCGCAACGUUCCCCGGGCAGAGUUUUAAUUCCAGCUCGAUGGUAUCUCUCCCCAAAAGCCCGACAGGCCAAAGCGCCGCGGCCGGCGAGUUCUACGCCCCGUCCUACACGCGGCCGUUGUGCAUAGUCAAUACAGAAAACCGCAUUCUGGCUAACGCUGUCCGGGCGCGCAUGGAACUGGUGCUCGCAGAGUGGGUUGCUGACCUGCAGCAAGGCUUCUUGGUCGGACGUUCGCUCAUUUCGAACGCUGUCGCAGUGGAUCACGAGAUGACGCGGCGGGCGCUACACGAACCAGCCGCAGCAGCGGCAUUAUUGGACUUCCGCGCGGCAUUCCCGAGCAUCGGGCACCAGUUCCUGAAGGACAUCAUGGACCACCUGCGUCUUCCG